AUGGCUAAGUUUUGUACUUCAGGAAAAAUGGCAAAAGCAAGGGCAGGAAAUAAAUUAACAGCUAUAUCAUUGGAGCUGCAAGAAUGUCCAGUUUGUAUGGAGGCUAUGUCUGCACCUAUAUUUCUAUGUCAAUCAGGACACAGCUUAUGUCAUUCUUGUACAAAAGUGUUGUGUCCUCCAAAUUGUCCAAUUUGUCGCGAACCAAUGACACAAAUGAGGAAUUGGAAACUUGAGGAGAUUAUAGCAAAGGCCAAUGUUCCAUGUCCAAAUAAAUUACAUGGCUGUAAAUAUGUCAUGCCGUCUCAAAAUAUGGAAAAUCAUCUUAAAGAGUGCAUAUUCCGUGUGAUGGUUUGCCCUCUUGGAGCCGUGUUUGGAAAAUGUUCUUGGACUGGAAAUCUAAAAGAGAUGAUGGAUCACUUUAAGGAACGUCACCCUCAGCAUUGCAACAUAAACCCUGACACUGAGGUGGAAUACAAAAACAUUUCAAUCGAAGAAGAUGAGCGG